AUGAGUAAUAAUAAUCCAACUGUAUUGGAACAAUUACGAGGAUUUCCAGUAUUUCAAAUGAUUAUAAUAAUGUUAUUAAGAUUAUCAGAACCAAUAGCAUUUUCAAGUUUUUUAAGUUAUAUAUUUUUUAUGAUUAAAAGUUUUCGAAUAACAAAAAAUGAUGCAGAAGUUUCAAGAUAUUCUGGAUAUUUAGCUUCAGCUUUUUCAUUAAGUCAAUUUUUUAGUUCUGUACCAUGGGGAAUAGCAUCUGAUAAAUUUGGUAGAAAACCCUCGAUUUUAUUUGGUUGUAUGGGUACAGCUUUUUCAAUGAUAUUAUUUGGAUUCAGUAAGAAUUUUACAUUAGCUUUUAUUUCAAGAAUUUUAAUGGGUUUAUUAAAUGGUAAUGUACCAAUAAUGAGAACUACUGUGGGGGAAAUAGCAGUUGAAAAAAGACAUCAAGGUAUAGCUUUUUCUAAUUUAAGUUUAAUUUGGGGGUUGGGGAAAUGUAUUGGAGCUUAUCUUGCUGGUCAUUUAACAGAUGUUGAUCAUUUUAGAGAAUAUAAACGUGAUGAACAACCACAGGAGGACUCAAUUUUUAUUAAAUUUCCAUUUGCAUAUACAAAUAUAGUUAUUGCUUUAUUAAUUCUAAAUUUUUGUAUUAUUGGUUGGUUAUUUCUUGAAGAAACUCAUGAUGAAUUAAAAAAUAAAAGAGAUCGAGGAUUAGAAAUUGGUGAUAAAAUAAGGAAAUUACUUGGUUUUGAAGUACCUGAUCGACCAUGGCAAAUGAAAAAGGGGGAAAGUUUUGAAACAUUAAUUGAUGAAAACUCAAUUGACUAUGAAGAUAGUGAAUAUGAAAUGCAACUGAUUUCUUCAAAUGAAUAUGUUCCUAUAAAAAUUGAAGAAGAACCAAAUAUUUUUACAUGGCCAAUAAUUCAUAGAAUAAGUUGUAAUUUUUUCAUUUCUUUUUCAAAUAUCAUUUAUACUGAGUUUUUCCCAAUUUUUUUAGCUAAAACUAUAAGACCAGAAUCUUUAAAAAUUCCAUUUCAUAUGAAAGGUGGGUUUGGGUAUAGUACUGAUUCAACUGGUAAAUUAUUAUCAAUAACUGGAUUAAUUGGAGUAAUUGCAGUUAGUUUAUUAUUCCCCAUUAUUAAUAAAUAUUUUACAAUAUUAACAGCUUUUAGAAUUGGAUUAAUGAUUAUACCAAUUUUGUUUUUUGUUAUACCAUUGAAUUUAUUUACAAUUCCAGAAUAUACUCAUUCAUAUUCUCAUACAUUAACAACAACAUUAUUAUAUUUAAAUGCUGGAUUUUUAUCAUUUUUUGGAUCAAUAAAUAACUCUCAAAUGGUUUUAUUGAUUCAUCGAGCAUCUCCUAGAAAGCAAAGAGCUUUAAUAAAUGGAUAUACAAUUUCAAUAACUGCAUUAUCAAGAUUUAUUGCUCCAUUAAUUUGGGGUUGGGUUAUGUCAAAAUUUGAUUUAAGUGGAACAGGAGGUCUAAGUUGGUGGUUAUUAGCUGGCGAAGGUUUAUUUGUUUUUGGUUUAUCAUUUAUAUUGAAUGAAGAUGAUGAACAAGAUUAA